AUGCGGGGACGAAGAGCAGUCUCCACCUCGAGGCUCCUGCAGAGAUGGUGGUGCUGCCGUCCCCCGAUGGCCCCCUCCAACAGUUCCUCCUUCCUCAGAGGAUCCGCCAAACAAGCAUCGGGGCCCUCGCGGGCUGCAGGUAGGUGGAAUAUAGAGUGAAUAUGUGUGGACGGAUUCCUGUAUUUGUGAAUCUCGUUGGCAGAUCGAUUGAAAUUGUCCAAAUGUUGUCUUUCUUGUUUACGGAGUUAAUAGCGCGCUGGUUAGUGACCUGAAAAGAGUAGUAAACUACAACCGUUGAUUAAUGCCAAAUUAGGAGAGUAUCAUUACAAAGGGCCAGAAAUUUGCGUGCGAGAUGACAAGUAGUCUAAACAUUAAGUCUCGACUCUAUGCAAUCUUUAGUUCACAAAAUAUAGCCUUGAUCUACGAAAAUGUUGAUGAUACACUGGACUGGUGUUGAUGGUCGAGAUGUUCAGGAAUAUCGAAAAUGUCAAUGAAAAAAAUUAAAAAGGAUGUUUGUUGCAGAUAAGUUAUAAACUAGCAAAGAAUGCUACCGUAGAUGAAGAAAAAAAAUCAAAAUGUGGGCUCAAUAAUUUCAACACUGAUCUUCCUGCAAUUAAUUUUCUCGUUUUAAAUAAUUAAGGAAGUCGAAAAGAGAAGAGGUUUUAUGCAGAGCUAUCUUCAUUUUAUAGUUUCAUGCUAGUGUCAACGAGGCCUUAUUUCUCGGGUUCAGAGAGAUGGUUUGGACAAAGAACAUGUGAGAAGAGGCAAUACGAACACAGAUUAAAAUCUUAGAGUUUGUCCUUGAAAGAAACUCUGGCGGGAAAUAUUGGGAAAACAAAAAUUUAUGAACGAGAAGUUACAACAUAGGUCCAUAUCCCUUAGAGUAUAUUUUAUUCAUCUCGUAUGAUUUUUGACAUUUAUUGAUUCAUUUUUUUAUGUGAAUGCAUAAAUUUUAAUGGGAUAAUAAUCUUAAGAUCUCUUUUUUAAUAAUCUGUUUUAGACGAAAUUUUAGAUAUUCUGAGUAUCUUUGAACAUUUAUUAAUUCAAUGACACCAUCUCACAAAUGUAGUCCACCAAGAAGUUGAACCUCUGAGUGAGCUCGCCAAUAGAAGUUCAACGUUUCAUCAAAAUUUGAAGCAAGAGGCAUCCAAUUCACAGCUGAAUAGCAGAGAUUUUCGAUCUUCUGAGUUUGCUACUCUCAGGGGAACGCUUAGUCUCAACUGUAGAUCAUUUGGUUCAGCAGCCACAAAGUUUCCCCGGAGUCCAGCAUUUUCAAGGAUAACAUCCGAGGAUAUUUACCAUUUCAAAGAGAUUUUAGGUGAAAAAAAUGUCAUCCAGGAUGAGGAUAGAUUGUCUACUGCAAAUUCGGAUUGGAUGAAGAAGUACAGAGGUUCAAGUCAGCUUUUACUUGCUCCAGGGAGCACUGAGGAGGUACCCAUUUUCCUAUCCUAAAGUGAUUCUCUUGAAAUAUUGAUCGUAUCUUUAGUAGAGUCUGUGAUUUUUACUUAAAAGGUAGUCUUAUGACCGUGUUGGAACUUGUUAAACCUUCUAUGAAGGACGAAUUAUUCCUGGAUUUACACAUAUUUCACGUGUUAUUCCCAGUUUUUAUCCAGAUACUGCAUGCUUAAGAAUCAUGAAUGGAGCCAAAGUUUUUUUUCCUUUAAAGUUUGGAAAUUAUUGCAUGUAGUUAACUACGUUUAUUUUGAUUUCAUUUUUCUUACUUGUGAAUAUGUUUCAUUCUGUAGGUAUCUCAGAUUCUUCAUUAUUGUGACUCUAGAUAUCUAGCAGUUGUCCCACAAGGUGGUAACACUGGUCUUGUUGGGGGUAGUGUACCCGUUUAUGAUGAGGUAAAAUUAUUUCUUAGCGUUUUUUACGACUGAUAUUCUUGUAUGGUACAUAGUUUAAUAAUUUGCAACCAUUUUUCGUUGACACAAUGCUUCUUAUCAAACUUUACAUCUCUGCUGGAUGAGAAGGUUAUUGGCAUCCUUGGAGCUUGUUUAAAAUCAAUUUGUUUCUGUCCAAUUUCCAUUCCUGGAAGGAUAUGCAGAAUGAUUGUAUAGUUAUUUCAUGGAAUGCAUUUGGAUAAAUCUGAUCGUGUAUCUUAAACUAAAUAAUCUUUGCAGACAUCCUUGUUUUGUAUUUACGACAAAUGCUGGCAAGAAGCUUGUGUUAUAUUUACAUAAAUGGGCACAAUACGACGCAUUAGAUUUCUUAUUUUUAUCUAAAGAUGUCAUUGAACUGCCUUUCAAUGUUUAAUUUAAGAUCCUUCCUCCACAAAUGUUGUUGUCAAACUAUUUCAGGUUAUUGUCAACAUGAACCGUAUGGACAAAAUUGUUUCCUUUGACCAGGUAAAUUGUUUAUAUUUUUAACUCUGGACUACUUUUUUACCAUUUUCUUUCUAUUGUUAAGCAUGUUGACAUUACUGUAAGCUGAUAUAUGUCGUCAAUUGCGAAGAUCUGCUUGAUAGUGCUAACAAAAGCUGUCUGUACCUCUGAAUAGGUUUUCUUUAAAAGUAAACUCCCAAGAACAUUUUAUUGUGCUACCUGCAUUUUCUGUUACAUGGAGUUUAAAUCUUUCAUCUUGGCUUCUAAUAAAUCUACUUGAGAAAAUUACUUUUUUAUUGCUAUUCUCAGAUCAGUGGUAUACUGGUGUGUGAGGCCGGAUGCAUCUUGGAAAAUGUUGGUGCUUUCUUAGCAAACGAAGGGUAUGCAGUUCAGAGUAGUAUCUUUUAGUUUCCUUUGGCUUUCUACGAGUUAAACGUCAGCAGAGAAUAAUUCAGUCUUUCCAUAAAAAUGUUUGAUGUUCAGUUUUUCUGUUUAUAAGCAUCAUAAAAAUAUGGACGUUCAGGAGCAUAAUGGUUCUCCUUAGCCCGGUAGGAAACUGAAUUCUCUAGCGUCAUUUGGCAUCUAAUGGUCCUCUGGCAUGUUUUUCUCACAAGCACUUUUAUAGUACAAGUUCAGUACCAAUUGUGCUGACGCAUCCAUUUCCUUUCUCAGAAUGUUUUGAAUUUUAGGAUUGCAGUUGACUCUUAUUACCUUUCUAUAACUACCCAUGUCACCACACAUUUCUGUUAUUUGACUUCUGUGCAUGCUGUGAUGCCAACAGUGGACCAAACCUGUCAUCACGCACGAUUUGAUGCCACAUUAGAAAUACACAUAUAUGAGUGUUCAAUGAAUGACGCGAGAUGAUCACGAAUUAUUUUAUCCAACUUUGCAUAUCAAAUUCUCAGUUAACUGUAGUUAUCCAUAAAUCUCUGAUAGGAAAAUGUAUCAUAAAUAGCGAACUAAAUCUAAUGUCGCUGUAAAACACAACUGUUUUGCUUCAUGGGCUUUCCUCACCAGUAACAGUAGGGCAUGACUCUCUUCCUCAUGGGGAUCAUAAACUCUGUUGGGCCAUAAUCAUUCAUGAAAAUGGAUCAAGGAUGUAUUUGGAAGACCCUUCAUCACGAGUCAUGGAAAAUGUUGUGUUCAGAGCCAUAAUCUUAUGAUCUUCAAAUAUUGUGAUAUCAUGUUAUAUUCAUAAUCCAUCAGUAGCCAUAUUCACUUUAUUAUCAACAUAAUCAACAAGCAUUGUGAUGCAUCAUGGGGUUAAAAAUCACGGGAAAGUUAUAGAUCAUGUCAUUUAGAUUUUUUAAAAACAACUUACAAUGCAUGAAAAACAUUCUGGAUUGUUUUGGUGAUAACUCCAUCAGAAGUUGUUUCAGAAAUAAAGAACUUUAUACCCUCGAAUUUUCCUAAGCUCAUGAUGAGUUGCCUUAGUGGUAGGGUCUCAUUUUGAAUAUUUAAAUAUCUUGAGUUCUCAUGUAAAUAUUUGUUACAGAACUUUGAAAUAUUUUCAAAUUUUAUGUUGGGAAUAUGCUCUCCUUUCUCCAACGGAUCCAGAUCAUGAAAUGGAUAUUUAAUACGGUUCUAUUUAUUACGCAAUACGAUCCAGUGGUAAUAAUGUUUUUCAAUCACCAAACGGAUGUUUAUGAGUACUUGUUCAUGUCUUUUAGGAAAAUGUAUUUGGAUCGUCUAACUAUGUUUAUAUCUACUUUUCUUAAAGAUGUGGUUGUUUGCAGAUUUGUUCUUUAGAAAACUACUGCAUUUUAAAUUAUGAUAUGUCCAAUGGGAAAUCAGAUCUACCUAUGUGCUUAUUCAUCUGCAUUAUAUUUUUUCAAAUUGACACUUUCACCUUCAGAUUUAUAAUGCCCCUUGACCUGGGUGCAAAGGGAAGCUGUCAAAUUGGUGGCAAUGUUUCAACAAAUGCUGGUGGUCUGCGGUUUCUCCGGUAUGGAUCACUCCAUGGAAAUAUUUUGGGUAGGUGUAUAUGCCAUUAUCAACGUUUUUUGGUCUAUUAUUUCUGUUAAAUAUCAAUUCAAACGUUAAAAUUUCGGGAUUAAAAUGUGUGAAGUUUUGCUUUUGGUGUUAGCUUGUAUAUUAUCAUACUAACCUCAAAAUACACUGUCUUACACUGAUUACGUCAUAUGGCUUAAAAUUAAAUCUUCUAAGAGUUGGAAUAGAAUAAGCGGAUGUUGUCUUUGAAAGGUUGAAACUUUGAUUCUGACCUUCAUUUGCUACAAGAUGACUUCUCUAGUUAUCUAGAAACAGAAGGAAGCUGAAGUCAAAAUUACACUGAUAAUACCAUGAAAUUUUUGUAGUUUUGAGACGUCUGAUGGACUUUGUCCACUCUCCAAUAAAGCAGUCGUGGAAACUACAGUAUUCAAUAGCCUUUAUAAUCCUAGUAGCAUGCAGUCGUGGAUUAUAGUUUCUGUAAUACGUUCUGAUCAUCAUCUAUUGUUAGGCUGAAAGGGAUUUUUUAUGGAGUUGUAGUUAUAAUCUAUGUACCUAUGUGGGUCAGUGUUUGGGCUACUGUAAAGGUCAUAUUCAAAAUUUGAACACACCUGAACAUAAUAAUGCUUUAAUGGAAGGUGGAUCUGUGGGAAAUGGAAGAUAAUAUAUCAAUGACUUUAUUAGGGUUGAUGGAAGUAGUGAUACUAGUGGAUGAAACUAGUGAAAGACCUUUUAGAUGACAUAAACAAGUGUAAGACAGAUUGACGGAGGAUUUUAUGUGCACUAAAAUGAAAAGAAAAAGAAUUAGAAUAACUUAAAUGUGUAUAGCUACUAGAAAUAUGAUCAGAGCCUUAUGCAAAUUUCCUUAGAAUUGGGAGGAUUUACCUUAGUUGAUUAUUUUUGUGUAUGGAUCUUGGUUCAAUGAUGUCCUCGUUUGAAGCUAAUCACUUGGCUAACCACAUUUAAUAUUGAAUAUUGUGCCUUGUAGUUUAAAUUGUCUUUGUACUUGUCUUCUUCUCUUGGACAGAGUUCAUCACUCGCAUUUCUCAUAUGCAUACAUUUAUUUUUAUUUCAGGACUUGAAGUAGUCCUAGCAAAUGGCUCAGUCCUGGAUAUGCUUGGAACUUUACGCAAAGACAAUACUGGCUAUGACUUGAAACACUUGUUUAUUGGUACUCAUCCGGUAGUUUAAUUUAUGCUUGACAAAACAAUGAAAGCGCCUGAAUGUUCCCGUUAUUGUAGGAAGUGAAGGUACUUUGGGAAUUGUAACCAAGGUUUCUGUGCUCACUCCUCCCCAGUUGGCAUCAACGAAUCUUGCGCUUCUUGCGUGUAGAGAUUAUUUUAGUUGUCAAGUAUGUCACUUCCUGUAUUUUCCAAUAUAACUUCAUCUGAUGAUGCAAUCACAUGUUUACAUAUCAACCCUUGAUGAUGAGAACAUUAGGCUUUAGCCACAUGUUUUGUGGUAUUCAUACUCUGAGGAUUAUGGGCAUGCCAAUUAUUCAUUUUUAUUGAUCAUGAUGUGGUUGACCAAGUUAUGCCAGUAACAAUUAACACAUUGUGUCACUAUAUAUGUCUGGGUCUCUGGAUUUACGAGCAACUAUGCAUGGUUUGCCGACCUAAUUUGACUUGGACUGAUUUAUGGUCUGGCUUAGUUAAUCUGUUUUCUGCUAAAUUUUAAUGUUUCGUACUAAAAUUUCAAAGCCCUAGCAGAAGGAAACGUCUACCUGUAAAGAAGACCAUCUAGCUUUAGAACUCCUAAGAAUAUGAUGGCAUUAAAUGGGUAUAACCUUAACACUUUGAGAAAGCAUGGGAAUCUAGUCGUGGGAGGAAAAAUCCAUCUCUAAUAAAUAUGCGUUUAGGGAGUAUUGGAAGACCCGUGUGACUGUCAUGGGUACAGACUAAUAGUACAUAUUUUUUGAGUUUAUUGAGUCAGACACAGAGCUUGAGUUGGUGAAAGUCCUAGUUAUAAAAGUUCACUCACAAUAUAAUUUGACAAAGCUUGCAUAAAAAUAUAAAUAUUUUAUCUUUCAGAAUGCUAGGGUAUCGCUCUUUUCCUAAUUGAAAAUUUUGGAAAAUGUCUUGUUGAAACUUCACUGAAAUUUUAAUAUCGGAAUAUCAUCUUUUAACGAAUUAUUUAUGAAAGUGGACCUAUGUAGAGUUGAACAUUUAUUCGUUCACCUUUAUUAAGAAAGAAGUAAACGUAGAUAGCAGAUAACGCGACAACCAGAUUUAGCAUUAGUAAUGCUGGUCAGUUUUCUCUCUAGAGUAAUACAAUACUAUCAGGUUGUGUACGUGCAGAACACAGUUAAGUGCCCUCAUAAAAGAGUAUUUUUCGUGGAUACACUUCUGUAAUUGAAUUUCCACCGUACAAACUGUUAUUGGCUGUUGACCGUAUAUUGUGAACUAGACGGUUAUGCUUUUUUAUGCAUUUGUGCACCCUUUUGAUUGAACUGUCUUUUUGUUAGCGUUCUCAUGUCUAACUUUAUUUAUUUUCUCCUCGAAUCUAGAAAUUACUAUUUGAAGCAAGGAGAGCCCUGGGCGAGAUUAUUUCUGCAUUUGAAUUCAUGGAUUGCCAUUCCAUGGAGAUGGUAUAAGCUUUGGUGCAUCUCUUUUUAACGCACCUUUAUAUAAACAUCCCUCCCUGAAUCAAAGUUUACUGCUUUUUUUUCAGCCUUGAUAUUUCAGGUGAAAUAAAUAAUUCAGUUUAUCAAGUUUACCUGAUUUUCGUCCAAUAUAAAUGGCAAGUAGUUCAGGCUCAUGUAUCCACAGAGUUGCAGGUGGGGUAAUUACUGUAAACAUUUUUCUCAAUACUCCAAGUAGUACUCAGCUCAGUUGACCUUCUGAGCUUUCCUUCGCUGCCAUUCCAUCAAUUAUCCGUUUAGGCAGUUCCAUCAAUGCAGUGGAUAUUAUGAUGUCCACUGACUAUCAGAAGUAUGGAGUCAUCUGGAAAGGAUUCCUAUGCAUUACAUUCCAAGAUUUUGAUGAUGAACACCUGACAGUUGGAGCAGCAUGAGUAUCCACUCAAAAAUGGCAAAUUCUCUCCAGUCCAGGAGGGGAAAGAUGGAGAUUGAUGACUCUAAUAGAGGAUAUACUAGUUUGGCGAUUAUAGAAUGCAAUAGUGUCAUAGAUUUUCAAUAGUUUUAUUUGGUUCGAUUACUUUUUUUUCACUUUAUUUAGGAGUUACUUUCAAAGGAGUCAGGCUAUCCAAAAAUCCUGACUUGAUUUUUCUGACUUUGGGUUCCAAAAUCAAGCUCAAGAGUAAAUAUAAGCCACUACUUGUAGACAAGCCAGGCUGGGCCCGAAAUGAGAUUUAGCUGAAACCCACUGUUUUGCCGCCACCACUUCGUAGUUUCCCUUUCUCCCUCAUCUGGCAUUCACCCUCUUCCUUAGUAGUGCCGCCCCCAUUCCUCACACUCCCCCCUCCCCCCCCAACCACCUGCAACCCUCUUUUCCUCUCCACCCUUGGCAGUAGCCACAUUCCACCUCCAAUUGAGAAACUUUUUCUUUCUUGUUCUGCAUAUCAAUUAAACGUUUCAAGAGUUGAGAUGUAAAGCCUGAUGUAAUUUUUUCUUUAUUUUUCUUGUCGAAUAGUAGUUUUAAGCCUUUCUUAUGUGAUACAUAAUUAUUUAUACUGGGAUUGGAAACGCAAUGCUGUGAACCAACUGUCACAGGGUUUCACUGAUUUUAAUUUCUUCCAUUUUUCUGUUACGUUGUUCAAGUUUUUCAUGAGAAAUUUCUCUUUUAACCAUCAGAAUGGUCGAAUGAUAGCCGCAGGCUAAACAGAGACACUGUAAAUGUUAUUUAUAUGAGAACUCGACACAAUGAACUUUUUUGAAGUAUAGGUUUUAUUUCCCUAGUUGCCGCAAUGAAUUAUGAGCGGUUGAGAUAAGAAUCUUCCUCUUCCCUUUUAAGCCAUGAACGCGGAAAAACACGAGUCCUUAUUCCGUGUGCAAUGUGUCGUGGGGAAGCAAAGGGAGAAACGAUCCUUUAAUAUUUCUUAAUUUAGCGUGAACGCUGAACAGUUUACAUACAUACACCUUCAGUUAGGUACAAUUGUGCAUCAAAGCGAAGUCAUGUCAGUAAGUCUCAAGUCCCAUCUAUAUGAAAGAUGCACUUACUCAUGUAGUACAACUCCUACCUCUUUCCUUUCUUCUUGAUCAUGGCUCCAUUAAGCUGUAAGCAUUGACGAGACACGUUAUGAAUCAUUUUUAAACUGACAUAAUCAAAUUAUUCGCAGUUAAAUUUUCUUAUGAUUAGUUUGGAUGUUUCAGGUUUUGAAGUACUUGGAGGGUGUCCGCAAUCCAUUCUCAUCAUCAAUGUACGAUUUUUAUGUUCUCAUUGAAACAACAGGUAGUGACGAAGCUUCUGACAAGUAAGUUCUGUUCACUACUUAUUUAUGGAUUUGGACCUUACGCUUCAGAUAUUUGUCUGUAGACCUGUUAUUCCUUAAAAUGUGUGACGACAUCUGUGAUGAGAUUUUAUCUUUCUAUGCUAAAUAAUUGUUUUAGAAACCUUGUGAAAGCGGUCUGUUUUCAUAAACAGACUUUCUGAACCUACGUCUACUUUUCCUUACUCUAAUAUCUAAGACUGAUCGGCUUAUCAGCCAAGUCUUUCCCGUUGUUCUUGAUUGGUCCACCAGUGUUUCACUUGUUUAUUUUGAUCUGUUAUUGUGGUUAUCAUAUGUUUUUCGAUCAUCUCAGACUGUCCUGAGGCAGAGUUUUCUUACAAACCGCUCUGCAUUUACCUCAUUAGAUAAACUGUGUUGGUGUCCUGACCCAUUAUUUUGUAUGAGUUCAUAUGACCCUCGCGCAAUCCAUAUGACUGCUGAAUAACUGCUGGACUUGAGCUUUGUGCCAUGGUGUUCUAAUCCAAAAGAAUACGUUCAAAUAAUCAUUAUAAAAAAUAUCUUCUCUUGACAGUUAAAAGAGUGUAUGAUGUUCGGAUUUUAUUUUAUUUUAUUUUGUUUUAUUUUUGGUAAUCUUUAGGUCUAAAUUGGAGGCUUUCCUUGGCCGUUCGAUGGAAAAUGGUAUCAUUGACGAUGGUGUGAUUGCUCAAGACAUGAGCCAGACAAUGUCUUUUUGGCGCAUGCGUGAGGUCUGAUAUUUCACUGUUUUUAUUGGCAUACGGUAUUUGCCUAGUUCCAAGGGUUCUGGCAUCAGCUACUCAACGAUCAGUGUCUUCUCCUGUUUAGUCCCAAAGUAAAAGAAUCUGGACUGGUCUCUUCUCCCAUUUUAUUUUCCAGAAAAAAAGUGGGAUGUAGAACAAACUGAGCAAAGAUGUCAUCUCAGUUUAUAUCUUCAAAACCCAGUUCUUCUUAAAAUAUCAAUCCUGAAAUUCUUACUUGCAGGGAAUAACAGAAGCAUUAGUCAAAGCCGGAGCUGUCUACAAGUAUGACUUAUCAAUCCCUGUCGACAAGCUCUAUGAUAUCGUUGAAGAAAUGAGAUCCCGCCUUGGUACCUUAUUUUCUUCCUCUCUUUUCUAUAUUUAAUAUAUACACAAUGAAUUUUUGUCCAAGUCCUCUAGAGAAAAAAAUAAAAGAAGCAGGACAAGGUGGUAGGAUUUCUUCGUUGGAGUUCUAACUUCUCUGACUGUUCAUCAGGCCACUCUGCAAAGGUAUUGGGGUAUGGCCACCUUGGUGACAGUAACUUGCACCUAAAUAUCUCUACAGCUACAUAUGAUGAAGACGUAGGUGCUCCGGAUCAAAUCAUUUCUGUUUUUCUGUUUUGGGUAGCAUAACAUCGUGGAAUAAAUUUUACAAUUCAACAGAUCUUUGCCAAGAUUGAACCUUUUGUGUACGAAUGGACUGCUAAGAACAAAGGAAGCAUCAGCGCAGAGCACGGCCUUGGACUGAUGAAAGCGGAUAAAAUUUACUACAGCAAGACUCCAGAAGCUGUGAGUGGAUCUGAUGCCCCCCUUCAUCGUAAUGUGCCAACCUUGUUCAGUGGGAUAGAGGGCUUCUGUUUCUUACCAAUAUUUAUUCAGAAGAAAUCCCCUCAAAUAUUGACUGGUUGUUUGAGUCCAGAAAAAUUAAAUGAUCCAUUCUUGAAUGGCACUGAUAGUAGUAUGCUUUUUCUAUCUACAGAAAAAAAAAAAAAAAAACGCUUUGAGUCAUAUCAUAAUGCAGGAAUUCUUCUGAUUGAUAUUCUCAUGUUUGUCUCUAAGUCUGUGCUAAAUAUUUUUUUCUUUAGGAGGAAAUCUUUCUUUCUCACCUACGUUUCUAUGGAAAUUCAUUGACAAUUAACAUGCUGGCCGGUUUCAGCAGCGUCCUGUUUUAUGCUUAUUUUCCUGUUUUCGCCCAUGUGGCAACAGGUGAAUUUAAUGGCCUCUAUCAAGAGAUUACUGGAUCCGAAGGGAAUAUUAAACCCGUACAAGGUCCUGCCGCCCUCGCUGAUUCUCCCAAAUUGA